UGUGUCCCACCCCUUUCCUGAGGAAGGUCGAUGUUUGUUAGAUGAGGCUUUGCUUUCACUUUCACGCCAGGAGAACGUGAGAAGAAAAGCUGACGAACCAGCUCAAAGAUGAGUCUUCCCGUUGCUGCUGCUUGGACCAUUGUUGAAGGCCUCAGUGAGGGAAAGAGAUUUUUAAUCCAAGGCUAUGUCGGACCAUACACGAAAAGAUUUGCAGUGAAUUUCCUGUGCGCCAAUGGCGACAUCGCCUUCCACUUCAGUCCACGAUUUGAUACCAUAAAGCCGGUGGUCGUGUGCAACACACAGAUGAAAAGUGAAAAAACAUUCUGGGAGCUCUUCAAGAGCAACGAACUCUUCUGCGGGGAAGAGGAAAUUGCCUCCAGCACACCUUUCAAGCAGGACAAUUCUUUUGAGAUGACCAUCAAUGUUGAGAAGAGCUGCUAUCAGGUAUAUGUCAAUGGAAAUCACUUUUUGGAUUACAAACACCGUAUUCCCCCCAAAAGAAUCCAGACCUUGGAGAUCAAAGGUGAUGUCUCAGUGAACCGCUUUGAAUUUUCUGAGACUAAAGCUCCACCCCCUUACAGCCCUCCUGAUUCCGGUGAGUCGGUGGCACCACAUAUGACAAACAGGAAGAGAAGUGUGCCCCAGAAGCAAAGUCAACCAAAUAGUGAAGACCCAAGAUGAGCCUGCAUGAUGAUCCUUUGAAAAACGGAAGCCCUGGCUGGUUGGGUGCUCUUUUCCUGACCUCACUGAGGAUAGAGUUCAGCUGUUACGUGCAGAAUGAAGCAAAAUUAAGUAGUGU